CUAGUCUGGCUGGAGUGUGAUGUCACACAAAUCAAGGCACUCCAUGCACACUCUGUUUAUGGUUACAGGCAGCCCUUCCUUAAAAGCCCUUGGCGAUAUUAGUAUUUUAGUUGUUUAAAGUCCCCAUUAGCCUGAAUUUUUAAAAGUGAAAUGUCUGAUUCACUGUGGCAUCUAUUAAACACAACCUGUCAUUAAAAGAAAAAGAAGGACUCAUCUGUAGCUGUAGGUACAGCAGAAGGGUUCAAGCUGUAGGUACAGCACAAGGCUUGAUGUGGACAGAGCAUCGUUUGUCUUUUCAGGUGUUACUGUUUUAGGGGAAGAGUCAUAACUAUGUUUUUUUAUUUGAAAGAGAGAGCGUGCACGAGCAGGGGAGGGGCAGAGGGAGAGAGAAUCUUAAGCAGGCUUCACGCUCAGUGCAGACCCUGAAGCAGGGCGCGAUCCUGCGAUCCUGGGGCCAAAAUCAAGACUUGGAUGCUCAACUGACUGAGCCACCCACAUGCCCCACUAUGUAUCUUGUUUAAACUUUAUGCCUUCCCUCUUUCCCCACAUAACCAGUACCUUUAAAAAGACAGUACCUUGCAGAAAUUGCAUUAUGUUAGAGAUUGAAAACAGCAACCAAGAGUGACUGUUGUCUGUAAAUCUCAGUAUUUGCCAGAGUAUUCUGAGGGACUCUGAUUUUGGGAGAUGCCCUUCUGCGAUAUGGUAUGUACUCCCAAACUGGGGAAGAGUUGCGUAAAUACCGUCCCUGCCAGUGUACACAGAUGCAUGGGUCAACGCAUGUUUUGAAGAGCCACGGUAUAUAUUAAUAAGUUAAUGAUGCUGAGAAGGCCUGUAGUGAGAACUGGCUUAGCUUUUCUGGACUCCGCAUUUCCCACAUUUGUUUGAACACAGAACCCUUUUCCACCAAAUAUCCGUUGGUUGUCUCGUGCCCUUCAUAGUCCACAGACUGAAAUAAUGCGGCACCGUAUAGCAGUGUAGCCAUAUGUUAUUUUGAUGAGGUUUCAGAAGAAUGGUCCAAUCGAAAAUCUGCCAUUAUUGUUUCAUCCCUAGUUAAUAAAUUGAUUUCAGAGAAUAACACUUAGAAAUUGUAGAAAUUUAAGACGUAAUGGAUUUUCUUUGAAUUUAUAUACUGUAGUUCCUUGCAUUGGUAGACAUGUGAUUUACAAAAGACAAUCUCUCUACUUGAUUAAUAGUGACAGAAUGAUUAACCCCAUUAAUUCCAACUAUUGGGGGAAUUUAUGCAAAUCCAAGAUAAUGUAAAAAAUAUAUAUAGAAUGUUUUUUAAGUAAUUGUGGUUUGUCACUGUAAAUACUUUAUCUCAAACUAUAUUAACAAGAUAUUCCCAAAUGGAAGAUUCUGGGUGGAAAUUCUUUAAAAAAAAUUUUUUUUAAUGUUUAUUUACUUUUGAGACACACACACACACACACACACACACACAGUGCGAGUAGGGGAGGGGCAGAGAGAGAGGGAGACACAGAAUCUGAAGCAGGCUCCAGGCUCUGAGCUGUCAGCACAGAGUCUGAUGUGGGGCUCGAACCCACGGACCAUGAGAUCAUGACCUGAGCUGACAUUGGACGCUUAACCGACUGAGCCACCCAGGUGCCCCGGAAAUUCUUUAAAGCAUAAAUAACAGUGACUGAUAAUUAGUUCAGGUGCAAAUAUAUAGAUACUUCCAAAAUACUUGAGAUUAUUUUAGCACAUUUCUUUCAAAAGCUUUAGCUUUUAUUACAUGAGUCUUAUGUGUGCUAUUUGCUUGCUGAAUCCUUUCUUUGUAGAUUGAUCUGUUACAAAUUCUUAAUAUGGCAUAUCUCAUAAAAUUUUAGUUAUUUAGUGAGCUGUAUCCUAAUUGAGAGUAGAGUGAAACAUGGAAAUAAGGCAAAAGAGAGGUCGUAUUUAAUGAUGAAGAAGGGAAAAUUUUGAGCAGUGAUAAAAAUAACAAAGGGGCACCUGGGUGGCUCAGUCAGUUAAGCGUCUGACUUCGGCUCAGGUCAUGAUCUCACGGUUCGUGAAUUUGAGCCCCGCGUCGGGCUCUGUGCUGACGGCUCAGAGCCUGGAGCCCGCUUUGGAUUCUGUGUCUCCCUCUCUCUCUGCCCCUCCUCCACUCACACUCUGUCUCUCCCAGAAACUAAGUAAACAUUAAAAAAUAAAAUAAAAUAAAAUAAAAUAAACAAGAACCCAAGACUUGACUGUUACAGCUAAAAGGAAUGAUUAGUAAUUGCUAAAUCAAAAAGAAAGGCAUCUGUGCUUUUUUACAAAAGGUCCUGUUUCUUUUUUACAAAAGUCCAGACUGAAUGGCAAGAAGUAUUAAAGUCACAACAGAAUGAAAAAACGAGAAAAAGAAAAAUGAAAAGAUGCUGAAAUUAUUUAUGGAGGUUGUAGCAACCAUGAUGGUAGGAUGUGAAGGAGGUCUGAAAGCAGGGGCCCUGCCAAGAAGACUCAGCAUCGAGAGACACAGAAGCAGAAACAAGGCAGACACGUGUGUCACCGUCAGGACGGCCACUCCACAUGCCGGUGGGUCACACACUGUUGAAGUGUGUGCGGAGGCUUUAAGAGACACGUGUGGACUGGCAGUCGUCCCUAAAGUGCAAGGUGUUCAUCUCUAGAAUAUUCCAGAGUAGUCAGUUCUCUGUUCUUUGUUUCUGUAAUUUUAAAAUAGCAUUUACAUGGGUCAACCAGGCAAUUAGAGAAGAAAUUAAAAAAUGUAUGGAAACAAACGAAAAUGAAAAUACAACAAUCCAAACGCUUUGGGAUGCAGCGAAGGCAGUCCUGAGAGGAAAAUACAUUGCAAUCCAGGCCUAUCUCAAGAAACAAGAAAAAUCCCCAAUACAAAAUCUAACAGCACACCUAAAGGAAAUAGAAGCAGAACAGCAAAGGCAGCCUAAACCCAGCGGAAGAAGAGAAAUAAUAAAGAUCAGAGCAGAAAUAAACAAUACAGAAUCUAGAAAAAUUGUAGAGCAGAUCAAUGAAACCAAGAGCUGGUUUUUUGAAAAAAUAAACAAAAUUGAUAAACCUCUAGCCAGUCUUCUCAAAAAGAAAAGGGAGAUGACCCAAAUAGAUAAAAUCAUGAAUGAAAAUGGAAUUAUUACAACCAAUCCCUCAGAAAUACAAGCAAUUAUCAGGGAAUACUAUGAAAAAUUAUCUGCCAACAAACUGGACAACCUGGAACAAAUGGACAAAUUCCUCAGCACCCACACACUUCCAAAACUCAAACAGCAAGAAAAGGAAAACUUGAACAGACCCAUAACCAGCGAAGAAAUUGGAUCAGUUACCAAAAAUCUCCCAACAAAUAAGAGUCCAGGACCAGAUGGCUUCCCUGGGGAAUUCUACCAGACAUUUAAAGCAGAGAUAAUACCUAUCCUUCUCAGGCUAUUCCAAAAAAUAGAAAGGGAAGGAAGACUUCCAGACUCAUUCUGUGAAGCCAGUAUUACUUUGAUUCCUAAACCAGACAGAGACCCAGUAAAAAAAGAGAACUACAGGCCAGUAUCCCUGAUGAAUAUGGAUAAAAUAGCAUUUACACGUUUGUUUCUAAAAUCUUGUCAUAUCAGUGGUUCUUACCAGGCUUUAAGAAACCUGGUAUGUUGAGAUAUCCUUUAACUGCGUUUUACAUCUUGGGUAGUUUAUAUUCCUCUGUAGGGUAAGAAAGCAUAGUGAAGCAUGUCUUUGAUGAGGGAAAUCCAGGUGAAGGUUGAGUGGCUUAUACAAAGAGUGAGGGAAGGAGGCUUUCAAGAGCAGGAGUUUGGUGUUUUUACAGGGAAAAUAGGAUCGCUGAUUGAGCAGGCUUUCUGAGUGUAACUUUCUUAUGUUUGAUUCUCCACUUAAGUAUUAAAUCUUUCAAGUAUUGUCUGUAUCACACUGACUAAUCUGCCUGUCGUUAUAUAAUGGAUAGCCGAUCUGGCCUUUUAAGAAAAUCCUUGAUGUAUUAGGUCGUUAAAACAAAUUCUAACAUUUGGUGCUCAUUAGUGUUGUAACCGAAACAAAAACAUUUUAAUGGUUGAUCCCAGAGUAUUUUGAAGUUAGUGUAAGUUUGCUGGAAAGGUAUUUAAGCUGAAGUAUCAAUUACAAACGGGCCAUGAGCCAAGUUUCAAAGCUGUUUCUAAGUAAGACAUUGAGUUUUUAGAAUGCAAAAAAUAAAGUAUGUGGCACUGCGCCAUGUGGCAAGGAAGUAGAAUGGAACAGUUACAGUGGGAUUUGUAUUGAUGAUAGUGAUUUUGAAACAAUUGGAUUCAAUUAAAAAUAAAAGUUUUUAGUUUAUUAACUUGUUUUUUGGCUUAUUAUUUUGUUCCGGAUCCACAUUGUAGAAUGUUGCUCAUACAGAAUAAAAUGUCAUUAACUCCAAAUAGGUUUGAGUAAUUCUGUUUUGUUUUUUUUUUUUAAUUUUACAGAGAGAGAAAGAGAGUGAGUGGGGGAGGGGCAGAGGGAGAGAGAAUCCCAAGCAGGCACCACGCUCCGUGCAGAGCCCGACAUGGGGCUCGAUGCCACGAGCCUGGGAUCAUGACCUGAGCGGAAAUCCAGAGUCGUAUACGCAACCGACUGAGCUACCCAGGCGCCCCAGUUUGAAUAAUUUUUGUGAUCACCCGAGUGAUACUUCUGUAAUUUUCUGUUGUUUCUUGAGCCUGUUUUGGGGGAAGUGUUGCCUUCUGCCAGCCAGUAAGAGUUACGGAGAGAGUAAGAGCUGUGCCCUGCGGGUGGAGCCGCGAUGUGUACGAGAGGGUCUCCCGCACUGGUGGUGACACCGAGGUGGUGGGCACGGGAGAGAGAUGCGGGCUUUGCAGGUCAGCAGACCCCUCCCUCGGGCGCUCCCUCCGUGUUCGUCGCCUCUGGCCUCCUGCUUUCCUGCUCUUCUGUUUUCUCCCCUUCCCUUGUCCAGUGGCCGCCGGGCCGAGCCCUGGUCCUCCUUCUGUGGGCCUGUGUCUCUGCCUCACGGCUCCUGGCGGUUCUUUGGUGCCUUCGGGGCGGGAGGACCCUGGACUUGCACAGGAGAUGCUGUGAAGAUGCGUCUUUUAAGGGAGGGUUUCCACCCUUCUUUCCCAGCGUUUCCAAGGGCUCCAGGGGCUCUCCCUUCCCCGCUGACUGUUGGGCCCCUUUCCAUCUGCCCCUCAGGCGUCAGAGGACCUCUCUGGACCCAGACGGUGCCCGCCACUCUGUUCUCUGCGCUCAGAGGGCCGGGACACCUGCACCAUAGAGUCGUAGAAGGAACUUCAGGGUUCCCUGGUAGCACAUUGACUGUUACGUUCCCGUGUGUGCUUCAAUACCUGAUGCAACAGAUUUGCUUUUAAAAAUUUUACUGGUUUUAGGGAUACAGCAUGCGUUCCGUGUUAUUUUCCCCAUUUCAAAUAUUCCUAACAGGUGGCCAGCUCAAGUUAAAACAAAAUAGAUGCCUCUCAUUUUAAUGGUAUCUUUUCCAACUCGGAAACAAAGCAUUCGUUGUUUUAGAAACUAAUGGUGCAGUGGAAGAACAGUGUAUUUGGAAUCACUUAUAAAUUCAUUAGGGAAAAAAUGCAGAUUGACAGCAUUUUGGGUUUCUAAUUAAGCCUUUGAAGGCAAGCAUGUCAACUAUAAGAAAACAGUAACGUAGACUUCUAGUAUAUUCUUUUCUAGUUGGCCAAAGACCCAAAGUUAUCUUCUGGGCUAAAAUUGUCAUUCACAUGAAUCGUAAUGAUAGCAUGGAAAAGUUGGACUCCUUCAGGAGAAGGAGAUCCCCAACUAACACAGCCUUCACACAGCUUACCGUGCGUCAAGAGUCUAGAGAAGGACAAUGCUCCUUUCAUCUCUGCGUGGAUAAUUCUGACCUCAAAAAUAAAAUGGCCAUUUUCAAGGAUCCUAAUUCUGCUGGCGAGUAGUCAGACCAGAUUAAUAAACACAAAUCCCCCCGACCCCCCUUUUUAGAAAAUACUGGUGAUCAAUCCUGGCUUAGUUAACAGAGUGCGAGAUUCACGCUUAAUAAAGUCAAAUUAACCGAGUGUGGCACGUGCUAGCUCUGGGAUGUGAUAGUGAACACGGCACUGAAGGUCCUUGCCCUUGAGAAACACACACACAUAUAUGUAUAUGUGUAUGUGUGUGUGCGUGUCCUACAUGUGUCCGUAUACAAACAGUGUGCAGUGCUGUAAAAUGAACGGGGCCUGAGGAGAGGGGAAUUUUGGCCUUAAAACGCCAUCUACAGUUAGCCAUUUGGCAGAAAAAGUAGAGUCCUUCGUCUGGUCUUGAUGAUUAAUGUGUUUUCUGCGUUUUAAUAAUAAAGUUGGUGGCGGGCCAUGAUCUGUGGCUGUUCGGAAAAGAGUCUUAGUCGUCCAACAAUAUUUGUGCCUCGAAACAGAAAACUUUCCCUGGAGGUGAAAAUCUGCAGAUACAUACACCCUGCAGGGGCGAGGCCGUGACCGUGUGCUUCUCGGGCCCCUAUUUCCCUGACUGAGGCCCCGGGGGCUGGGGUCCCAGAGGCCGUCCCUGCGGAGCCUGAACCUGGUCCCUGAACCUGGUCCCUUGGCGCCGUGCAGACAUGGCCAGUCUAGCCUGAGUUCUGGUGAUGACAUGGGGGCUUCAGUUCACCAAGGAGGGUCCUGUUGUCCAACCAAAGUUUUCCGAUUCACUGUUUUUCCUGCCCUGCCCUGCCCAUUCCUCUUUUCUUUGUAUUCAGCUCAUACUUCGCCUACCCAGAAGGCUGUGCUUUGAAGCCUGAGCAUUAGUGGGUAAAUACGGAUACGGAUGCGGAACUGCCUUCACCGGACAGGAUUUUGGGGAGUGGGAGAGUGGCUUCUCCAGAUCAGUAGCAAAUCUGUGUCCUGGGGACCGAGGCGGUUCAGUCUCAGUCAUUUUCAUAUUGGUCCGGGGGACUUGGGGGCCCCUCGGAGGGCCCUGGGGGUGCCUGUGGGAGUCGGUUUGCAAAGGCAAACCCCUUCACCAGGGAGCCCGCAGAGCCACACAGAGAACCUGAAAACAGCAAAUUCUUGCUUGUCACAGACCCUUCCUGAGUCAGAGCGUGAGUGCCAGCUCAAGAGUCCCUUGUGGGCGACCUUCCCAUCCGGGUUUCCGUGUUCCAUUCUGCCCUGCCAACGCUCCUGGGCCCUUCUCACUCACGCCCGUCUGUGGAAAGCAGGGAAAGGAAGCGGAACCGUGAGGUCCACACGGUGGGGGCGACGUAAGACCUGUUGGAAAUGCUGGGUUGAAGCAGCUCAUUACCGUUCGAAAGACAUUCUUCAGUUUUCUAACCAAAGGAAAAACUGCAUUAUCUUCAUUAUAGAUAGAAGUCACAACACGCUGAACUACUUGGAAAGCCGCAUGUUUUAGCCAGUAAUGAGUCUUAACCUUUACGAGAUCAGCACAUGGAAAUGGUUAGUGGGCGCCAGCAGAGAAACACGGGUCACAUGCCCUUCGGUCAGGGGCCAAGUCCUCGUCACUCCAGGCAUUCAGAGUUUUGCAGUUCAUCUUCCUAGGUUGCUAAGUGCUUUUCAUGCCUCAUGACACAAAGAGUUGACUAGCUUGCUUUUGCAGUGUGAAACGCUUCCUUUUAAAAUUUUGAAACAUGCUUUUCUCCUUUUAAGAUAUUUUGAUUCAUUCAGAUUUUGCAUAAUAUUAAGAAUAGCAGAAUUUAUAAGCUAUAAGCAUGUGUGAUUUGAAUGCUUCCUACCUAAUGGGACUGGAAUUUUUCUCCAAUUAUGGGACAGGGAGACCAUCGUUCCCCAGUUGCCAAAACAGAAUGCAGCUGGCUGCAGGAGGGCUGAGCUAGCAGAACAUUUAAUAUUUUGAAAAAUGUGUCCUGGGGGAAAAGGCUUUCUGUUCAGAAAGAUACUGAAUUAUUUAGCUGGGCAGCUGCAGGGUGUGAGUAUUUUGAGCGCCAUUGCUGUCAUUUAUUUUUUAUUGGGUUCAAAUGGAAAAACUGAAAACCAUAUUCAGACGCGUAGCCUUUCACUCGAUGGCGUGUAGACGUCCGGCUGCAGCUGCCUGCGCUCCUGUGAUCUGCACGGGCACAUUCCACUGCGAGUGCAUCAGUGUUUAAUUUUCAAAAUUCUCGGCAAAUAGCAGAGCUGCAGCCAGGAAUUCCUCCACUGAGAUUCCUUCCGGCCCAGAUGAAACUGCUGAUUCCCGGCUGGGUUGCUGUCAUUCAUCACUAAUCCAGGUAUGGCUGCUUGCUGUGUUUAAUUUUCUUUUUUCUGAACCCAAAGGCACUGCUGGCUUGCGUUUCCCAUGAGAAGGCGGCGGUGAUGUGCCUGGAAUUCCAGCCCCCGGAGGUGGUGGCUUUUCUAGACGGACGUAGCUGGCCUUUGCGUGGGGCUGACGGACGUGAGCUUGCUGCUAGACACAGAACCAUGCGCGACCGGCUCAUGGUAGGGUCUUCAAGAAAAGCAGGACUGUAUCAGGGACCUGCCUCUAAGUUUCUGAAGUUGGUGUCCUGGAAAGCAGCUGUUUCCUACCACAGGGUAUCUGUUGAUGCCACUUGCCAUUUGGGAACAGGAUGUUGAAUUGGAUGGACAGUAGGUUUUAAUGUUUAUUGUAUAGGUCUUGUAAAACAAAAAAGUAACAGUACUUUGGGAAGCCUUCAAAAUGUUAUCGGCACUCAACAUCCUAUGAAAAGCAGGUCAGAAUGUAUUCAUUUUGCAUUUUAAACUGUUUUAAUGAACACUUAAAAGCAGUAUGUACAGGAUAAAAAUCACGGAAUUUGGAAGUGGACAGUUCUGGCUUUAUCUCAGCUGGCCCUGUGCCCUUACGCUAGUGACGUAUGACCUCCGAGUCUUGGUCUUACGUAUAAACUAGGAGAGCAGAUUACAGAGUUGGUGUGAGGGUUAACACUGUCGUAGGUAUGGAGGGCCUACGUAGGCCUCGAGCAUGUUGGUACCCGACAAAGGGUACGUUGUAUGUCUGUUAGGAAUUCUCUAUCUCUACGGCCCACCCAUCCACUUGCCCACCUACUUGCCUCUCUGUGUAUUUAUAUUUAUCUUCUAGACCUUUUUCGGGCUUCCCCUUUUUUGUUAAUCCAGCCAUAUUUUGCUGAAAUUUAAAAUAUGAAAAUACUCCACAUGAUGGAUAAAUGUAUGGAAACAAAAGGUUCGCUGGUGGUCUCCCAAGAGACUUCUAAGGUUACAUUAUCUCAGUGUGACUUUCAGUCUGCUGGUGCUUCAGCCUCCUAAGAGCAGGUAUCUCCCCUGCGGAGACUUUAUCAAGGUCACAGACCCGUGUAUGUACGGUCACCGCCUGUGGACGGGGGUCUGUGGUGGAUGAGCCUUCGAAGUAGCCAACAUGGGAACGGUGAGCUGAGAAGCCGUCAUCAUCAGGGCUUUUCUUGGUGAGCAAGGGAGUGUGAAAAAACGAGAUAGUUGUGGGAAUCAGGUAUUUAGCAACACAGGUGAAUGUGGUAGACUGGCCACGUGCCCUGUUUUCUGCCUGGACUGAGAUCUCAGGGAGUUGACUGUAACGGGGCGGAGAGGUGACAACCGUAGAAGAAACUCGAGCGGGGCUUUGGAGGCCUGGACCAUGGAGGGACCAGCGCUGGCCGACUCAGCAGAGCAGAGAAGACGGAACAGGGUGGAAGCAGGUAAGAAGCAAGCAGUUGAAGAGCAGAGCCUGGGAAGGCACAGACGUGAAGCGCAGACGUGCUGUGGGAGCCGAGAACAGAAGUAUUUGAAAAUCGGAUGAGCAGGGGUAGGGUUCCUGGGCUCCUGUCUCUGCUCCUGCGGCCAGGUGACUGCCGUUCCCCACGCUAGCAGAGGACUGGAGGUGUGUUUUCUAGAACCUUCAGUUGCGGACACAGUUAAGGACAGGGGUGAAUGCUGUUACAGGUGCUGGGUGUGGAUUGGUGAUCUAAACAGACCAGAACAUCUCUGUUCCUGUGCGAGGAGUCGGACAAUAAACAGUAAUGCAGUGAAGUGAUAAUAGGAAGUCGUGAGUGCUGGGGGGGAAGGGCUGUAGUUCGAGACAAGGGUCCUUCGAGGACCAGGAAGGGGCAGGCAGCUGUGGGGACGGCGGGGCGCGCUGUCCCAGGCGGAGCAACAGGCGUCACAAAGGCCCUGGGAUGGAAGGGAGGCUGAAGGAGUGAGGAGGUGAGUCUUCCGGAGGAGAGUGAGAUAGGAGGUCAGGCAUACCGAGGGGACACGUGACAGGCAGUGGCAAUGACGUGGGGCCUUGCCGACUGUCCUAAGGACUUGCUUUUUCUCAGAAUGAGUUUGAGUACCAGGGUCUGACUUGCUCUAACAGAAUCGGGUCGGAGUGAGCACUCGGCCCACAGCCGGCUGCCAGGUCAUUCCCACCCCUCUCCCUCCACCCCCACCCACCAGGCGGACACACAGCAGAACGGGGGUCUCUCUCUAGGGGACAGAAACAGCUGGAGAGAGAGCAGGGUCCCCAGUGGAAAUCCGCUCGUCAGGAAGUUCUGCCGUCCCCGCAUGGACGUUGUUGGUCUCUGCUGUCUCACCCUUAACGCACACAGAGGACACAGGGGAGGGGGAGGAGAGCCUCUCCCAGGAAAGAAGCCAAAACAGACGGGAUUAAGAAAAGCAUGUCAGAGGGACAGAAACAAUAAAGGAGCAAUAGCCCUUUCAAAGAAACUAGUUAAAAUCCUCAGAGAUAAGAGCAGACACUGUACCUGGGGAACAGCAGGUGCUCUUGGGUGUUGAAAGAUUAUCAGUUCCGUGGACAGGCUGGGACAGGGUGGGACAUAACGUAGGGGUCAGUCCAAGGGGAGGCGGGCAAUCAAAUGGGAAUGGCGGGAACAGCAGGUGUAGCUACAGGAACCUGGCCUGGCCUUUGCGGGGCAGGCGGGGGCCCAGGGCAGCUGGGGUGGGGGGCGGGGACUGAUGUCUAGACUCUAAGUCGACAAGGUUGGGAGUUGUUCACCGUCCAGCGUGUACGCGUCCCACCUGGAGGUGUUUUCACUGAAUCAUCCUCGGGUUGAGAAGAUGCAUAGAAAAGAGGCUGCAAAUUAGAAGGAAACAUGGUUUCAGGAAAGGAAUGUGAUGGCCAUUCUGGAAGGGAUGCCCCUGGGAAUGAUGGUUAGGGGCUAUUUAGUCCUAACAACCAGGCACUCAGUGCUAGUGCGGCGGACGGGUGUGAUGUAAGUGUCCCGAGCAGGGCGGGACGCCUCGGAUGCCUGCGUCCGCGUCGUCGCGUGCAACUUGAAAGUUCAUGCUUGAAAUAGAAAAACGUAGAAAGCACAGGGCGCCCGGCUGGCUCAGUGGGGUGAUCUCAGGGUUGUGGGCUCCAGCCCCACGAUGGGUGUGAAGCCUACUUAAAAAAAAUGUAGAAAGCAGUAAUGAGCAUGUGAUCUGCAAACCGCGACGGAGAAGGUGUAGCUGAAGAAAGGAGGGGCGGGGGCCACUUUUCUCCCCAUUUAGUGCCUUGUAGAGCUACUUUUAAGACUGUAAAUAGGCUGUUUUGAUAAAAAUAAAGAUUAAACUUCAGAUAUUUAUUUUGAUUUAUUUUUUAAAAAUUUUUUUUAAUGUUUAUUUUUGAUAGAGAAAGAAAGACAGAGCAUGAGCAGGGGAGGGGCAGAGAGAGAGGGAGACACAGAAUCGGAAGCAGGCUCCGGGCUCUGAGCUGUCAGCACAGAGCCCAACGCGGGGCUCGAACUCCCAGACCGCGAGAUCACGACCUGAGCCCAAGUUGGGCGCUCAACCGACUGAGCCACCCAGGCGCCCCUGAAUUUCAGAUAUUUAAAGGAACCCGGCUACAUCCUUUUCUGCAGUAAGGCCACAUUGGUCACCAGAGUGUGGCUGUCCCUGGGCUAAUGGGCCUGCCCUGUGGGACAGCCCAUCUCUUUUUUCUCGGCCCGUUGUUGACGUCCUGUUUUCUGAAUUAACACGUUUCUUCAGAGAUGUUAGUACAGCUGGUCAAGUCACAGCCGAGUGGCUAGGAAGGUUCUGCGUCUACGUUCUUGUGUGUUUUGUGGUGACUUUGCCUUUUAAUCCCGAGGGACCCUGUCACCACUGACUUGGAAGCCAACGAUGGCUAUUUUAUCGUUACCCCAAUUGCUGGUAACACCUUCCACUGUAGAGAAGCCUGCUGAUGGUCUGUCGUUCCGGCCAUUUACAUACUCUAGGCUCGAAAUCCUGCAACUUCGGGGGUGGGUUGUUUUGUUUACUGUUCGGCUCUGUCACAAACGUGCCCGUCGUAGACCCUCAGGUGCAUGUGUCAGGAAGAGCAGAUUACGUAGUGUUUGAGAGCGUGGCUUCUCACUUAGGUCAGCCUGGGUUUGAAUCCCAUCCCUGGCCCUCCUGGCUGGUGGCUCAGCCGCCUCCUAGAGCUGGUGUCCUUGUCUGUGUGGAGCAGGGACCCGUGCCAGAGACUGUCCACGGUGCAUGUCUGCCUGAUCGUGGGGCUGCCGCGGCCCCGUGCUCCGUCCUUCCACCGCCCCCCCUGCUUAUGAAGUAGGAGUCAGCCCUGUGGGCCCACGGCUCGAGUGCGCUUCUUCAGCUCCCGUCUUUGGACGUGUUCUCACUCUUGGCUUCCAGUCGAUGCCAGUUAACACACGUUUCUCCGUCUCACCGUCUGUUGUUCCUGGGCUUCGUCUUACUGUUCUUUCAAAGUCCGUUUGCCACGCUGAAUGAGUAACGUGGCAUUUAAAAGUAAUAUUUGUCUGGUGGGACGCGUGGCUCGCUCAGAGGGGCGUGCGGCUCUAGAUCUCAGGGUGGUGAGUUCGAGCCCCACGUCGGGUAUAGAGCUUACUUAAAAUCUUAGAAAGAAUAAUAUACAGUGUUAAUAAAGCCAUACGCCCUGAAUCUCUAGUAAUGUUGUUAUAAUAUAGAUCACGUUACAACAAAUAUUUUUAAAGCAAAAAUUCUGCUUCUUGGGUGAUAGGUUUAUUUAUUUUAGGAAUGUUUAUUAUUUAACUUCUAGUAUAGUGGGAAAAUGUUCAUGUCCUUCACAAUACAUUUUCCCUAUGAGGUCUUUUGACUGCAUUCAAAGAGAGUGGUAAUAAGAUCAUGUUAUAAUUUGUUUUUCUGAAAGGUUGAGCAACCCUUUCAAGACUGAGAUGUCCUCAAAGGGCCGAGAAGCUGGAGCAUGGCCGUGAGCAGCGGGAACCGCGAUGUCGUGCUCCUGAGCAGUGGCGGCCCCGGCGCCCUCACGACCUGCAACGGGGACCUCGCCGCCCACCAGCUCUCCGCAGAAGCGCCCGGAACAAAAGUGUGCGUGAACGGAUGCCCACGGGUCAACGGCUCGGCGAAGUCAUCCCGUCUGGCCGCCGACGUCCCGCAGCGAGCGCCUGCCAUGUGCCGCUGCCCCGCGCACCCGCCCUGCCCCCCGCCGGCCACCCCAGAGCCCCAGCCUGACCCUGGCCUGGGCCCCUGCUGCCCACGGCUGCACUCUGACUUCCCGGCACCCCCCUGUCUACACCGCACGCCCGCCUACCAGCCUGCCUGCCGCCUGCAGCCGGCCUGCUUCUGCCCGCACCGCCCGUGGCCCGGCCACUUCCCACACCAGCCCGGGCCACAGCACACGGCCAGCGUCAGACCAUGCAGACCUUUCAAGUUACCAAAAAGUUAUGCGUCCCUGAUCGCCGACUGGCCCGUCGUGGUCCUGGGCAUGUGUACCGCGUUCAUCGUCGUCUGUGCCCUGGUCGGGGUUUUAGUGCCCGAGCUGCCCGACUUCUCCGACCCACUGCUGGGCUUUGAACCAAGAGGGACUACGAUAGGCCAGAGACUGGUCACGUGGAAUAACAUGGUGAAAAACACGGGAUACAAAGCGACAUUAGCAAACUACCCUUUUAAGUAUGCAGAUGAACAAGCCAAGAGCCACCGGGACGACAGGUGGUCCGAUGAUCACUAUGAACGAGAGAAAAGAGAGGUCGACUGGGACUUCCACAGGGACAGCUUUUUCUGCGACGUUCCGAGCGACCGGUACUCCAGAGUGGUGUUUACGGCAGCUGGAGGGGAGACCCUGUGGAGUUUACCUGCGAUUAAAUCCAUGUGCAAUAUAGACAAUGCAAGGAUCAGAGCCCACCCGCACUUCGGGGACCUGUGCCAGAGGACCACGGCCGCGUCCUGCUGCCCCAGCUGGACGCUGGGGAACUACGUCGCCAUCCUCAACAACCGGUCGUCCUGCCAGAAGAUCGUCGAGCGAGACGUCGCCCACACCCUGAAGCUGCUGCGGGCCUGCGCCAGGCACUACCACAACGGCUCGCUCGGGCCCGACUGCUGGGACGCGGCGGCCAGGAGGAAGGGCCAGCUCAAGUGCACGGGCGUGCCGCGCAAGUGCACCAAGUACAACGCCGUGUACCAGAUCCUGCACUACCUGGUGGACAAAGACUUCGUGGCCCCAAAGGCCGCCGACCCCGCCGCGCCCGCGCUGAGGUACAGCAUGCUCUUCUCCCCCACGGAGAAAGGGGAGAGCAUGAUGGACAUCUACCUGGACAACUUCGUGGCCUGGAACGGCUCCGACGGCGUCACCAGCGUGGCCGGCAUCGAGUUCGGCCUCAAGCACAGCCUGUUCCAGGACCACCUCCUGACGGACACGGCGUACCCGGCCAUCGCCGUCCUGCUGGUGCUGCUGGUCAUGUGCGCCUACACGCGGUCCCUGUUCAUCACCCUCAUGACCGUGUUUGCCGUCAUCAGCUCCCUGAUCGUCUCCUACUUCCUCUACCGCGUGGUGUUCAGCUUCGAGUUCUUCCCGUUCAUGAACCUCACCGCGCUCGUCAUCCUGGUCGGCAUCGGCGCAGACGACGCGUUCGUCCUGUGUGACGUCUGGAGCCACGCCAAGGGCGACAAGCCCCACGCGGGGACGGCGGAGACGGUGGGCGUCACCCUGCAGCACGCAGCGCUGUCCAUGUUCGUCACCAGCUUCACCACGGCCGCCGCCUUCUACGCCAACUACGUGAGCAACAUCACCGCCAUCCGCUGCUUCGGCGUCUACGCGGGCACGGCGGUCCUGGUGAACUACGUGCUGAUGGUCACGUGGCUUCCGGCCGUCGUCGUCCUGCACGAGCGGUACCUCCUCAACCUCUUCAGCGGCUUCCGAAAGCCGCAGCAGCAGUACGUCAGCAAGAGCUGCUGGGCGGCGGCUCGCCGGAAGUGCCACCGGCUGCUGUUCGCCGUCUCCGAAGCCUCGCGAGUUUUCUUCGAGAAGGUGUUGCCGUGCGUGGUCAUCAAGUUUCGCUACGUCUGGCUGUUCUGGUUCCUGGCCCUGACCGUGGGCGGGGCCUACGUCGUGUGCGUGAACCCCAAGAUGAAGCUCCCCUCCCUGGAGCUGAACGAGUUCCAGCUCUUCCGGGCCUCGCACCCCUUCGAGCGCUACGACGCCGAGUACAAGAAGCUCUUCAUGUUUGAGCGCGUGCACCGCGGGGAGGAGCUGCACAUGCCCAUCACGGUGGUCUGGGGCGUGUCCCCGGAGGACAACGGCGACCCCCUGAACCCCAAGAGCAAAGGGAAGCUGGCCCUGGAUGGCAGCUUUAACAUCGCGAGCCCUGCCUCCCAGGUCUGGAUCUUGCACUUCUGUCAAAAGCUGAGAAACCAGACUUUCUUUCACCAGACGGAUGAGCAGGAUUUCACGAGCUGCUUCAUCGAGACGUUCAAGCAGUGGAUGGAAAACCAGGACUGUGACGAGCCGGCCCUGUACCUCUGCUGCAGGCGCUGGAGUUUCCCCUACAAGCAGGAGAUCUUUGAGCUGUGCAUCAAGAGGGCCAUCAUGGAGCUGGAACGGAGCACGGGGUACCACCUGGAUAGCAAGACGCCGGGGCCGAGGUUUGACAUCAACGACACCAUCAGGGCCGUCGUGCUCGAGUUCCAGAGCACCUACCUGUUCACGCUGGCUUACGAGAAGAUGCACCAGUUUUACAAGGAGGUGGACGCGUGGAUCUCCAGGGAGCUGAGCUCGGCCCCCGAGGGCCUCAGCAACGGCUGGUUUGUCAGCAACCUGGAGUUCUACGACCUGCAGGACAGCCUCUCGGACGGCACCCUCAUCGCCAUGGGGCUCUCCGUGGCCGUGGCGUUCAGCGUGAUGCUGCUCACCACCUUGAACGUCUUCAUCAGCCUCUUCGCCAUCGUCUCGAUCACGGGAACCAUAUUUGUCACCGUGGGCUCUCUCGUCCUGCUGGGCUGGGAGCUGAACGUCCUGGAGUCGGUGACCAUCUCCGUGGCGGUCGGUCUGUCUGUGGACUUCGCCGUCCACUACGGGGUCGCUUACCGCCUGGCCCCGGAUGCCGACCGGGAGGGGAAGGUGAUCUUCUCCCUGAGUCGCAUGGGCUCCGCGAUGGCCAUGGCCGCCCUGACCACCUUUGUGGCCGGGGCCAUGAUGAUGCCGUCCACGGUUCUGGCAUACACCCAGCUGGGCACCUUCAUGAUGCUCAUCAUGUGUGUCAGCUGGGCUUUCGCCACCUUCUUCUUCCAGUGCCUGUGCCGCUGCCUUGGGCCCCAGGGCGCCUGCGGUCAGAUUCCUUUACCUGGGAGACUCCAGUGUGGCGCCUUCUCCCACGCCGUGUCCACGAGCCCCGGGGACAAGGGACAAAGCAAAACACACACCGUGAAUGCGUAUCAUUUAGAUCCCAGGGCCCCCAAAUCCGAAAUGGAGCAUGAGUUUUAUGAGUUAGAGCCCCUGGCGUCCCGCAGCGGCAGCGCCUCCGAGGAGACCCACAUCUGCUCCGAGUUUUCCGACGGCCCCGCGAGGAACUUCGGGAUGCCGGUGCGUGCCGCGUACAGCAGAGGCCCCGGGGGCGAUGGCGGCAGUGUCCCGUUCCCGCCCCCUCUCGAGCAGCACGCCGUGUGUCACUUCUUCUCUCUGAGUCAGACAUGCACUUGUCCAGAUGCCUACAGACACCUGACGCCUGGCCCACAUGCCGGCCAGCAGGCGGGUGACGGGCUGUGUCCCCAGUGCGUUGCCCCCGCCGGCAGCCUCGUGCACGUGCAGAAGGGUGCACACCAGGCCCCCGAAGGCUUCAUGUGCACCAUCCCGCACGUCCAUCACUGUCCCUGCCUGCAGGGCGGAGCGAGGCCGCCGGGACCGCAGAAUCCUCUGCCCACGAGCUUUGUCCUGCACCCCGUGCAGCACAUUCAGGCCCCAGAGAAGACCCGCACUCACGGUCUCCCGAGCGUGGGGCACGUUCCCCCGACGGUGGGGCCGUCGGCCUGUGUCUGCAGAAGCCCUGGGUCCCCACGAAAAGCGCACUGUGAUCCUGAGAACAGCCAAAGGGGGCUUGCUAGGAACAGAGACGUCGGGCACGUGGAGGGCGGUGGAGGGGCCAGGAACCAGGGCUCGGGUCCAGGGGGCCAGACGGACAAGACCGACAGGAACACAGGGCUGUGCUUGUCACAGGAUCUGGAACAGUCCGGUCAGAAUGAACCACACUUUGUGUUUAACCGUCUAAUGGGGGACGCGCAGCCCGGGUCCCGCCCAGAGGGCGACUCUGCAGACAGUGAGGCCAGUGAGCCCCCUGCGUUCACGCACUCGGAACUUUCUGGUGAAAGUUUGUUGAUAAAAACACUCUAAUAAAUGUAGUGCUAAAUUCAGAA